GCAGGCGCAUUAUCGCGGUGCGAGGAAGCGGAGUGAGCGGCCAUGGCGAAUGAGAAAUACCUGCCCGAGCUCAUGGCGGAGAAGGACAGCCUGGAUCCGUCCUUUGUCCACGCCAGCAGGUUGCUGGCUGCAGAAAUAGAAAAGGUUCAGAAGGGAGAGAAAAAAGAGGAGGAAAAAAGAUUCCUUGAUGUCUUGACACAGAAGAGCAUAAAGCUUUCUGAACGUUGUCUGAUACCAGUUGCACAAUUCCCAAAGUUCAACUUUGUAGGGAAGCUGCUUGGACCUAGAGGAAAUUCAUUGAAGAGACUGCAGGAAGAUACUGGCACAAAAAUGUCCAUCCUUGGGAAAGGGUCAAUGCGAGAUAAGUCCAAGGAUUACAAUGAUGAAAUAAGACAGGAGCAGUUAACUGAGCUGGCAUACUUGAAUGGUGGGCAAGAAGCAUCCCGUGGGAGAGGUGUACGUGGCCGUGGAGCUCUGCCUGUACCACUUACAAGGGGCCGUGGUGCAGCACCACCACUUUCUACAUCUCAGUAUGGACCACGAGGUGCAAUAACACGUGGGGCAGCCGUGAGAGGAGCACCUGGAGGACGCAGGGAAGUAGCAAGUGGACGUGGUGCCACACCAGUCCAGAGGGGUGCCCCAGCACCUCGCACCCGUGGUGCACCUGCAGCAUACAGACCAGCACUGCACCCUCCACCUGCUCAGGAAAGCUAUGAUGAAUAUGGUUAUGAUGAUGGUUAUGCAGAGCAGAGUUAUGACAGUUAUGAAAACUAUUAUGACCAAGCCCAGGGCGACGCUGAAUAUUUUGACUAUGGACAUGGAGAAGUGCAGGAAACCUAUGAAGAUUAUGGGCAGGAGGAUUGGAGUACAGGGCGCGCAAGCCUGAAGGCACCAGCAAGAUCACUGAAGGGAAUGUACAGAGAUCAUCCUUAUGGGAGAUACUAAAGCUGGCUCUCACCAUGUGUACAUCCUUAUAAAUUGCUUCAAUCUUCUGUGGUCACCAUCUUGUUAUCAACUGUGAGACAAGUAAUAGUCCAUUUGUUUUCUACUCUGGACAUUUAUUGGGGAGACUGGUUUAUGUACAUGUUUAGAUAAUUAAAACUCAUGGUAGUGCAAGUCUGGCAUGAUAUGUUUCAAUAAAUUAGAGGGCAGCAAAUUCCAGCUAAACCCAUACAAUUAGAAUGCUUUGUUUUUGUUUUUAUACUGUUGACGCAGCUGUCACUUUACAUGUACCUGUAAAGAUGGCUUCUAUUUGCCAUUUGAAUUUCAUUCUGCUGUGUAGGUAUUUUUAGACUUGUUUACCAUGACUUACUUCUGUUGAUUACGUACGAUGUUUAAAUAAUCUUCAGCGUUGCAGAAUCCCAUUUGGAUUACAUGAGCUGCAUUUUAAAUCUGUCAAAUUAAAUCUUCACAUUCCGUUUGUCCUUUGUUUCCUUAACACAUCGAUUUAUAUUGAAGUGUUUGGGUUUUUUUUGUUUUUUGGGGCUCAGUGUAAAUCCAGUGUUUUUAACUCAAUUGGACAAUGUUUGUUGUCUCUUGAAGUACUUCCAAACCAGAGGAGUCAAUGUUCAGGAUUUUUACAAAGGAAUUGUGUAUACAUUUGAUUUUGAUUUGUUUUAUUUAAAGCCCCCUCCAAAGUUGGCAUAUUGGUUUUACUUUUGAAGCGUUUUUGCAAGCAGCUUUGCCAUGAUUGCAAAAAGCAUUUUUAAGCCUUGCUAAUGAUUUGCAAAAUAAACAAACCACAGCAAUCCUUGUAAAUUGGUACAAAGAUGAGCUGAUCAUGUUCUCCCAAUGGGGAAUGCUUUUGUUUUCUGGGUUGAGGAUGGUGGAUUAUGGAAAUUAUGUAAAUGUGCACUGGGAUUUGGGCUUCUCGAAAUUGUUUAGUAUUUUCAGCAGGCAGGUUUACUUGCACAGAAUAACUGGCACUUGCUCCCCGCUGUUAGCCACUGGACCCAUGUAUUUCCUUAGAGUUUUCAUUAAAUUCAGAUUGCUGGCUGAGUCUCACCAUGUUUUAUUGUGCUGCCAUAAGCAUGUGACCUCCAUAUGAUUCUGGUAUGCUUCCAAAAGCUGCAGCAUCAGUGAGUGUUUUUCUUGGUGUGGGAAUGGGUUUAUUUUCUUUGCUAGCAGCUUCAUUUACCACUCAUCUGGCCUCAGCAGUAUAGCUGUUCUCACUGGAUGUACUGAGCUUGUUUGAUGUAAACAAUGAAGUAUGAAGGAGCAGAUUUUUUUUCCCAACACUGCAUCUGUUCAACAGGUAGUUGGUUUGUGUUUUAGCAGUCAUAGUAGCCUCCUGUUUUGACAGUACUGGGGCUUUAGCAGCUUUUGAUUUUUUUUUCUUUUAUACUUGGAAGCUGUGUUUACUGGUGUUGAGAGAACUUGUUAACCUGGAAUAACAGGAGAAUAUCUCCAGUUCUGCCUCCACUGCCAUUUUGCAGCACAAAAGCUUUCUGUGGUUCACAUGCUUGGAUAACCAGGAUCCUGAUGUUAAAGUGUAGAUGAAUUUUCUUUUAACAGUGGACUUUGAACAGCGUAAUUAUAAUUCACCAUGAUCAAAAAUAAUUAUUAAAGUUGGAGGUUUAUUUCUUUUCAUUUCUCCCUCCCGAUCUCCCCAGUUUCAUGGUUUUAUUUUGGCCUGUUAUGUUUCUGGCAAUUCUAGAUGUUCUGUCUGCUGAAGCAAAAAGGGACACUGCAGCUAAAAUCAGUUCAUGUAUGUAGUUGGAAAUUUAUAACCACAAUUGUCUGUUGUCCUUGAAAUCUGUGCCUGGACAUAAAUAUGCUUUGCACUCCUGUGUGAGCUGGCCUAAAUAGGUAGCUAAACAUUUGUCAAACACGUUUGCAACAGUUUGUCAAUAAAGUUCAAUUCUUUUGUAUAGAA